GAAAGUAAUGAUAAAAUGAUUUUAUGGGGAUAUUUAACAAUAUCUUAUCAGACUUUGCUUUUUUUAGUUUUUAAUGUGUUUGCUCCAUCAUUGACAGAAAUCUCCUACGAGGAUCUGAAAGCGCUCAUGGCAAAGAGCGAGAAGCUCCUCCUGGUUGAUGUCCGCACCAAAGAGGAGGUGGAUAAAGGACGAAUUCCAGGGUCAAUUCACAUCCAUGUUGAUUCUGUAGAGGCUGCUUUUGCCCUCGAGCCCGAAGAAUUCAAGGCCAAGUUUGGUGUAACCAAACCACCACUGGAUGCCCCCGAGCUGGUGUUAUACUGCCAGAUGGGAAUGCGAGGGGGUAGGGCCACGAGCAAAGCCCAGGAACUUGGAUAUGUGAACGCUUCUAAUUAUAAAGGAGGAUACAAGGAGUGGUCUGCCAAAGAGGGAAACUGAUUAACAUACCAUUUAUAUAAAGCAAUGUGAGAGCCAGGCGGGAAAAUUGAGAAACAUUUUUGAUGUGUUUUAUUUUGUAUUUUGAUACUUUUUUGUUUUCGUAG